AUGGUAGAAAGGCCAAAAUGUGUUCAGGUGUACAACGAUAAUAUGGGAGGAGUCGAUAAACUAGAUUUCCCCAUUUCGUUGUACAGGACCAAAGCUAAAACAAAGAAGUGGCCAGUAAUUUUCCACUUCAUGGAUUUUGCGCUAGCGAACUCGUGGCUAGAAUAUCGCGAUAUUGAACGAGCAAAUGGAACUCCAAGGUCACGCAUCAUGGACCUACUGGAAUACAGAAGCGAGGUUGCAUUUGCUUUGCUCAAAGCUAACGUGUUUACCACGGCAUUGGUGGAGAGUCCCACUGUCGGAAGACCGCGUUCUACUUCUCAACAAGUUCAAACAAAAAGACAAGUGUCACAUUUGGCUAAGAGGCGCAAAUCAUCAGAGCGAUCUGUUGGAGAUGUUAGAUAUGAUGGAUUUAUGCAUUUUCCAUCUUGCAUUAAUGGAUUAGGCCAGAGAUGCAAAUACGAGGGUUGA